AUGGGAAAUCUUUUGAGCGCGGAGGAAGCCAAGCCAACUUUCAAAGAAGUUUCUCGUUUGUACCGUGAAGCUACUUCGACAAAUGAGGUUUGUAUCUUUGAUAUUAUAUCUCAAUGAAUAAUUAUUAUCCCAUUUUUCGCUUUUCAAUUUUUUCUGCGAUUUCAGGGCGCCAAAGAAAUCGGCCACAUUGGCUAUUCGGUGGAAUACGUUGAUUGGGAGCAGUACAAGGCGAUGAAGAAGUACCGCCACCUUGUCGAGGUGGUUUUUUUUUGAAUUUCCGCGGAAUGAUAAACUUCGAAAAAAAGUUAGAAAAGGAAGUUUAAAAAUUAUAAAAUUUAUGCACGGUUGCGGCAAAAAAAGACAAAGGGAUUUUUUUGUAUUUAAUUUAUUUCAGCGCCUCUCAAACUUGCCACCGGAAAACAUCGCAGACACUGUAGCCGUUUUCAAGAACCUGAUCGCCGUAGGUCAGAAUCAUAUGAAUCUGUUUCGUCCAGAAAACAAUUCGGCUGUCCUUCCUGUGACUGAGGGUUCUGCGACCUUGGAGGUAUUUUUGUUUUUUUUUCGGAGAAAAACUCACCAAGUGCCCUAAAAUGAGAUGACGUCCGCUAAGGGGGAACAAAAUUUCUAUGAUGUUCCAACUUUUCACCAAUCUUUACUCAAAAAAUUAAAUUUCGAAUCCGAAAAGAAGCUUUCGCUUUUAAGACUGAAAACUUGAAUUGAAAAUUACUCCGUCGGGGGUUUUUUUGGAUUUUUUCUAUAAUACCAAAAGGUACUUGUCGCAAUGAAUAAAGAGCCUAAAAGUUUUAACCGCCCAAUUUCCUAGUUUUUAAGAGCCUGUGCCUUGAAAUUGACAAAAAUUAAGAAGAGCUAGUAAUAGACCAACUUGAGACUUUGAGAACUUCUAAUUUAAAGUAGUCGCAGUUUCCGAAAAUCAGAAAGUGUUUGAAAUACUCGGGGUCCCUUGUUUUUGAACUCUAUCAAACUUUUGUUCAGGGAGCAAUCACCGGCGAACAGAGCUUCGCCUAUGGAUGUCGCGAGUUUUUCAACGGCAUGCUGAAAAUCAACAAAAAAUACAAAAACGACAUCGUUUUUCAAGGAGUUUAUUUAUCCAUUUUUUUUUUUGAUAUCUUAUUUUCAACUUCAGAGCGGGCUCCGAGACGACAAAGGCGAGUUGUUCUUCACACUGGAUCCGGCUUCUGAUCACUCUCAGGUUUGUACUCUGGCUCUUGAAUGUUCUUUUCAGAAUAUAUUCACUCCCUUCCGUACAAGUUGUAUGCAAAGCUGUCGCGAUGCGUUUUGUCAUGAUUUUAAUAAUUGACGCAGUCUAGGAGUUCUUCCGCAUCCAUUUCCUAUGAAAUCAUUGAAGAUAAUCAAUUUUGCGGUUGAGAUUUUUCUGUAAUCUAGCCUGAACACCUCUUAUUAUAUUAAAUAUGUAUCUUGGAAGUCUUGAUCUUGAUUUGCAAAAAAAUUUCUGGCAUUCGAGAAAGUUUAGUUCAAAGCCGGAUCAGACCUUCGAAAUCUUUAAAAUUGGCUACCCGGGGCUUUGAAUCCUUCAUUUCUCAAAUUUAAGAAGUUCUUCAGGGUGAAAAAUUUUUAGAAUCUUUUUUUGAUACACCAAGAUAUAUAUUCUGAUCCCUUUCCGGAACUUAAGAAUGAAUCAUAUUCCAAUAAACGGACUCCGAUGUCUUCACUAGGCACUCUUCGAAAUCGGAAUAGUUUUGCGACCGUUUUGUGUGUAAACCCUGAACCUUUCAAUGAGAUUGAAAUGGGCUAUUGGUACUUGAUUUCAACUUGAAACGACAAAUGAAAUGAAACUUCUAAAACCGAAAAAAGAUAUUCUCUCUCAAUUUCUAAAUUUCAGGCGCUGGUUAAAGAGGAAAUGGCCGAUCCCGAUUUCCAAAUAGUUGAUCAGUCGUAUGAUGACUUCCAGGUUUCAGUUUCAAUCAGAUUAUAACAUAAAUAACGUCAACGAUUCUUUUUUUCCUAAUAUUGAGAAAUUUUUUUCUAAAAAUCGAUAAAAAUUGUCACUUUCAGGCCUAUGAUCAACCUGGAAGCUCAAAGCAAGCUCCAGGAUCGUCGCACUGA